AAUAUGUCUUUGUUGACAGGGAUGGUAAACACUUCCAUCACAUUCUUAAUUGGUUGAGAGAUGGUGUGGUUCCCAUUCUGGAGGACUCUGAAUAUAAUGGAAGGAAGGAAGGAAGGAAGCUGAAGGUCAAUUGGGAUUCACCACUCUUGACACCCUGAAGCGAACAAGGGAGGAAUCCAAAAAGCAAGUGCGUUGCAUUGCAUGCUGAGUAAGAGUUUGUGGAGAGUGAGUGUGGGAUUAAAAAAGGGAAUUCAAAAUUCAGCAACUGGGGUCAGGCGGUGACUUGCCCCAAUUUGGUGGUGAGUACAACCCUUAUCGCGCGCCGCGCAGGGUCAAUUCCAGCCACGGCAUGAUGAUUGAUGACGACAAGGAGGCUGGUUCUUUAGGGCCUUACCACGACAGGCCAAGAACUAUCCCCAACAUGCGCACCAAACCUUACACCCCACUGAUAUUUCGUAUUCUCCUGGGAAUAAAUAUCCGUGUUCUAUUCAUUCUUUUGCUCCUCGGAUUUGGGACUAUCUUUUACAUGGGAGCCAGUACAUCUCCCAUCAUUGUCUUUGUCAUCUCUAUUUGUAUUCUCAACUUCCUUGUGUCUAUAUAUCUUACAAAGUGGGUGCUUUGCAAAGGAUGAGGGCCCCCCCUGAAAUGGUUCAGUUUGAUGCUGCAAAGUUAAAGAAGCUUAGAGCAAACUUCAAGCCGAAUGGUGGUACUGUGACUGCUGGCAAUGCUUCUAGCAUAAGUGAUGGAGCUGCUGCGAUAGUGCUAGUGAGUGAAGAGAAAGCACGUGAGCUCGGAUUGCAUGUAAUAGCAAAGAUAAGAGGAUUCGCGGAUGUGGCUCAGGAACCUGAAUUAUUUACAACUGCUCCUGCCCUUGCAAUACCAAAAGCUAUAUCAAAUGCUGGUCUAGAGGCUUCUCAAAUUGAUUAUUAUGAAAUAAAUGAAGCUUUUUCUGUUGUGCCUCUUGCAAAUCAGAAGCUUCUUCGUCUUAGUCCUGACAAACUUAAUGUACAUGGUGGAGCUGUAUCAUUAGACCAUCCACUGGGUUGUAGCGGGGCUCGAAUCCUAGUUACAUUAAUAGGGGUAUUGAGACAGAAGAAUGGGAGAUAUGGCGUUGCUGGCAUCUGCAAUGGCGGAGGCGGAGCAUCUGCACUUGUCCUUGAGCUCAUGACUCGUAUGCCAUUCAAAGCUUUGAGAGAGGAAUAGCUGCUCAAAAUGCUGGUCAUUUUUCUUGGGAGAUAGUUCUGCAGAGGCAGCUAUUCUGUUGAACCAGGAUCUUGUCUUUGGCACAACACCAAUAAAAGACUUGGUCAGGCAAAUGGAGUACACACUUUGGCAUUUUGGUCUAAACAUGUUGGGACAAAGUCCACUUUAUUUUCUAAAUAUAUAAUGUAGAUUUACUUUUAAAUUCUUUU